ACAAGGACAGAGAGAGGUGGAGGAAGGGAAAAUGUCUGUAUCAGUGAUAAUAAUCAUAAUGAUAACAACAACAAUGAGGACGUGCCAUGCAACGAACCAGUUCUACGUACCAAAGUUCCCGGCCAUUCUCGUCUUCGGCGACUCCACCGUCGACUCCGGCAACAACAACCACGUCGACACCGUGAUUCGCGCCAAUUUCUUCCCCUACGGCCGAGAUUUCCCCGGCGGAGUAGCCACCGGAAGAUUCUCCAACGGCAAACUCAUCCCGGACUUCGUCGCAUCUCAGCUCGGCAUCAAAGACACGGUUCCUCCGUUCUUGGAUCCUGCUCUGUCCGAAGCCGACAUCCUCACCGGCGUCAGCUUCGCCUCCGCCGGGUCAGGCUUCGACGGCAUCACCAACUCGGCGUCGAGAGCUAUCCCCGUUGUCAAACAGACGGAGAUGUUCGGCCGUUACGUGGCGAUGCUCCGAGAUAUCGUCGGAGAAGAAAAGGCGGCGGAGAUUAUCGGCGAGGCAUUGGUGAUCGUAAGCGCGGCGACUAACGACUUCAAUUUGAAUUUCUACGAUUUGCCUUCCCGUCGUUUGCAGUUCACCGUCGGUGGUUACCAAGAUUUCAUACUCACUCGGUUACGAAAUUUUUUACAGAAACUGUAUGACAUGGGAUGUCGGAAAAUGACGGUGGCCGGACUACCUCCGGUCGGAUGUUUACCGGUCCAGAUGACGGUGGAUUUAGAGUCGCCGUACACGAGACGAUGCGUCGACAAACAGAACUCCGAUUCCGAGGCUUAUAAUCGAAAGCUGAAAGAUCUAUUAAAGCGAAUGGAAUCAAAUCUCUCCGGCAGCUUCAUGCUCUAUUCCGACAUCUACCAACCCGUGAUCGACAUGAUCAUCAACCCCCAGUUUUACGGGCUGAACGAGACGAAGAAGGGAUGCUGUGGGACAGGUACUAUGGAAGCUUCGUUCAUGUGUAACAAGUUGAGCCCUACAUGUCCGAACCCCGACGAGUUCCUGUUCUGGGAUGCCAUCCAUCCCUCCCAGGCUGUUUACAGCUUCAUCAGUCGCCUUGUCGUUAAUGAGGUCCUCCAAAAAAUGUUCUAAGUAAUAGUCAUCUUAAUUAAUUCAAUACCCUUUACUCGAUUUGACGGUUCAGAUUUUGUUGUUGAUCUAGAAAUUGAUAUGGGGAUUAUUAAUUG